UCAUGAAUCUGUAUCAGAUCGGCCGAGGAAGCCACAAAAACUGUGCGGCCUAUGCUACUCUUCAACAGCUGCCGAAGAAGAGGAGCUUCACGGACUUGCCUACGUCCAUUCAUGGGUGGAAGAGCAAGUUCGUUUUUGUGUCCCUUGGUGAGAGUGGCACCGAGUUUCCCUCUCUCGGCCAUACCGGGAGGUUUAAUUUGCAUGACCCGCCGAAGAGCUCUAUCUUGGAUGCUCAGGUGGAGGCUUUCUUGGAAGGGGGGCCGAGGAGCGUGAAGGAUUACAUCACGGAAUACAAGAUGACCACCCUCAGCUUCUUGAGAUACCAUAUGUAUGGCGAUAAGGAGGAUGACAUCCAACUCUGGCCGAGGAUGACCACCACCUUCGAAGAGGCCGAUGGCCCGGACUUGGGCAUUCCUGCUGAGGCCGAUGAUUUUGUCAUGGACCGUCGCUCCAUCAUGGCUAUAGCAAAGGCCAAGGCGGCCGAGGAGUUGGCCGCAAAGGCGGCCGAGGCGGCCAGACGUGCCGCGGCCGAGGGAGGCGGGGCUACUGCUGGUGCGGCCCCAAAGCCUGCCCAAUCGAAGAAGAAGAGGCCGGCCACUGACGGCCAGAAAAAAUUAACUGAAGUCGGCCUGAACGUCGCCAAGAAGACGAAGAGGGCACCGUCUCCUUCCCCGGCUACCGAGGCCGGUACUCUG